AUGGCAAUGGUUUCCGACUCCGAAGGUGAACGCCGUUCAACAGCGUUCUCUCUAUCUUCCUUCACAGCAAAGGACUAUGCCUCAAUUGUGGGUUGGACGACACUGGCAAAAGCCUCGUUUGCUUCCCUUGUUGUAUUAGUCAACACCCCCCAGAUACUCUUCAGCGCUCUUUACUUCCUGUAUAACGCACUACUGUCAUCUUUCCUACAAGCAUCUGACUGGAACGACUUUUCUCGAGAACAUCAGACCCUACGGGUCACGCGACCAGAGCGUGGCCUGAACAGCCUGCAACGCUCGGCGUACUGGCUUCAGAUCCCUCCUAAAUAUGCCAUUCCUCUUCUCCUCUUCGGCGGUACGAGUCACUGGCUUAUAUCACAGGCCUUUUUUCUCUCCAAAAUUUCCUUUUUCAGCUAUCAGGGAAAGCCAGCAACUUCACUUGGUCGUAUGGGUUUUGGGCGUGAGAAUAGUGAUAGAGAUGGAGAAUUGCUGGUGGCCAAUUAUUCAAGCCUCUACCUGAUGCUAUCUCUAAUAUUGGCGGUGCUUGCACUCGUUGCAUUAUUUCUUAUCAGCAGAGUACGGCUCGCUGGUAACAUGGUUCUUCAGAGUGGCUGCUCCGUGGCCAUUGCGGCCGCUUGCCAGCACGCUCAGCGACGAGGCGAGAAGCAGGCUCUGAAUAAGUCUGGUAACUAUGACUAUCAAGAGACAGAGGAAACAGGUGGCUGCGGUGAAAAUGAAGCAGACGAAUGGACCCAACCAUUGAUGUGGGGAGAAAUCAAGCGGACAGUUCGCGGCGUGACAGGCUCGGAGGAACGACUUUUUGUCGGGUUAACGGCUGGCCUAGCAGAAGAACCAGUGGCGGGUAGGAUGUACUCAUGA